UAAACGGCGGCUUAAGGAAAACCUAAAACAGAACCAACUCUCCGAUAGUUCUUUAAGAAAAUACUGAAAUAAGCAAAGGCCAAAGCGCAUCUAAUUCUAAGCCUUGUUUCUCACUUUCCUCUAACUACAAACAUGCAAAGACAAUCCUUAGGCUCGCCUACCUCCAAGCGCGACAUCCAUGGACGAGAAGAGAUUAACGGUGCCGAUGAUCAUAAACUCCGAGUAAUCAUCGACGGCGAGGACCGCAAAGACAGUAAGCCUCGCCGAUUGUCGUUUUCGCCUUCAUCGCCGUCGUUUCCGUUGACUCCUAAGUCUGAGAAGCUAAUUCAUCUCAUUCCUGUUCUCACUCUCCUUUGCUUCCUCAUACUUUACCUUAAUUCUCACAGUCCUUCACAAUCCGAUUUGGCAGCUUUUAACGGAUUCAAGUAUUCCUCAAAGCAUCUAGAUUCACGUGAAAUCGGCGAUUUAGGCCGAUUUAUGGAGACUCAGAGAGACAAUGUUUUGGCUGUUCGAAGCCAAAGGAAUUUGCAGGAACUUGAUAAGUACGUUUCGAAGUAUCGUCCGCAUCGGAAAAUCGCCGAUUUCUAGGCGACCUCCUUGAGUUUUGCAUCGAUCGGUUUAUCUCUCUCUCUCUUACGAUUCCGGUGUUGGCUCAUGCUCUAGCUGACUAUAAGCCAACACGUGCCGGUCAUACUUGCACGUGGGAGGCAUUUUUUUGGUUGAAGAUGUAAAUUUAAAUUGCAUGUUAAUUUGUUGGCUUGUGAAGCAAAUAUCUUAGCUGGCGCUACGUGUGUAGCUCUUGAUCAGUUGUUUUACCAUCUUU